AUGGAUGUUGCAGGUCCGUUCCCAACCAGUAUGGCCGGAAACAAAUAUCUACUGGUUGUCACGGACUAUUUCAGUAAAAGGCCAGAAGUGUAUGCCUUACCAAACCAAGAAGCGAAGACAGUAGCCGAAGCGUUUGUAGAAAAUUGGAUAACGAGAUUCGGAGUGCCCAUCGAAUUACACUCAGAUCAAUGCAGGAAUUUCGAAUCUUCCCUUUUCCAAGAAGUCUGUACAUUAUUGGGCAUCCACAAGACACGGACAACAGCGUUACAUCCACAAUCAGAUGGGAUGGUAGAGAGAUUCAACCGUACGCGCGAAGAACAUCUGCGGAAAAUCGUUGAUAAAGAUCAACGGAAUAGGGGCAAGUGCAUCCAGAUGUUCCUGCUGGCGUAUCGUUCAGCGAAGCACGAGACAACUGGUUACACGCCAGCAAAGAUUAUUUUCGGAUCUGAUCUGCGACUGCCUGCUGAUCUUAAGUUUGGAAUGAAUCCUGCAGCUGUAAGAAAUGAUGGAGAUUAUUGCUCUGCCUUAAAGGAAAAAAUUAAUGAGCUGCAUCUAAUGGUAAUGAAGGACCAGUUUGAUUAA